UUUUUUUUUUUUUUUGAAACCACAAUUUCAAAUCAGUCACCAUGGGCAAGUGCGCAGCGUGCGGCAAGGAAGUUUACUUCGCGGAGAAGAAGACCAGCCUCGGCAAGGAAUGGCACGGCCCUUGCCUCAAGUGCGUCGAAUGCAAGAAGACGCUCACUUGCGGCGCCCACAGCGAGCAUGACGGCAAGCCCUACUGCACAACCCCCUGCCACAUGAAGCUGUUUGGCCCUGGCGGUUACCGCGGUGCCGGCACGUCCAUUGACUCGCACAAGUACAAGUAACGAAACAAACCCUGGACGAGGCCUUUGUUUUCAAGCAAGCAUUCUGGAGCAAGGGUUGGUGUGCAUUGUUUGGUGUAUGUCGCGACCAGACCAGAUUGUGUGUUUUUGUUUCCCGCCUCCUCGUGUCUCGUUGGAAUCUUGUUGUAACCAUUUGCAUGAAUGCACAGCCCUUUUUGGUUUUAUCUUGGGAAUCUAUGACUGGAUCGAUGACCUCCUUUUCAUGCAUUGUCUCCUUUCGACAUUGUCGCUCAGCAAAACGAG